AUGUUAGAAGCGACUGGUAUAAGUCCUGUACCGGGAAAUUCGUUCGGACAAAAAGAAGGAACAUAUCAUUUUAGGUCAGAGCUAAGUUGUUAUUCGCCUCUCUUUCUUAGUUGUUUUAUAUACUUGUUUCUCUUGUCGGGUGAUGGGGGAAGUCGCGGCGCUGAUGUGGGACGGAGUAAUUGGCCUCUGAAGAUGAACAAGAGACUGGCUCACCAGGAGGAGACUGUUUUGGGAGACACCUUUUUGGCACCUAUGCUGGGUUGUUCAAACCUGGGUGAAGAAAACCCAAGGCUAUUGCGAAAUUUGAAUUCAAACAUGAAAGCGUAAAAAACCAAUUCAGAUUAAUUCUUUUUGUCUGCAAUUUGAUGAUAAGAUACUUUCAAAGGGAUAGGGAAAAUUAUCCAAGAAAACACUUUUGAACAAAAGAAAAAAAAACGGAUUAGAAUUAUACCCCCGAUUAGAGCUAAUCGGCCUCCUAUCAAUAGCCCUUUUUAGCUGUAGGUUUUGUUUUCCCAUUGCAGACCACGUCAUUUUACACUAGAUUUGUUUCUUUCAAAUGACGUUCUAUGAAUGUGCAUGCACGUGCAUAUGCGUGCAUAACUAAUGAAAAUACAAAAGGCAAAUUCCCCUGAGAACAUCACGAUGUCUGAAUCGGAUAAAAAAUUUACAAGCUAAAAAGGUCUAUUGGGCCCUGUCCUGGGGUCAAUUUAACAAAACUUUUACACUUGUAAUUUAUAAGUGUAGCCAUUGUUUAAGAGUCUGAAAACAAUAGCUACACUUGUAAAUUACACUUGUAAAAGUUGUAUAAAAUUGACCCCUGCGGAACCUCAAAAUAGCCAAAAACCGAGGCGAUCGAAUGUCCUCAAACAGUCCCAUAUUGCUAUUCGGCAAAACUUCCGACCCAGCCUCGCUCGUAACCUCCAAAGGCUAAUUCUUAAGGUGACUUGACCCAGUAUUUUUUUAGGUACACCUUCCAUCUUUGGUCUCUUAGACUUAAACAAAUUUAUCUUUAUAAUAUUGCUAACCGUUAUAACUGAUGUAUUACACACGUUGAAAACUUUUAGUUGUUUUCAAUAGCUCCUGUAUCUUUUAUUUAAAAAGUGAAAUAAACCUGACUUUAAUUACUUUUUGGAAAAGCAAAAUUAUUAUAAAUCAGGAUAUAUAAUGUUUGAAAGUCUUUAUUUUUUCUUUGUCGCAGGUUAACCAUCUUGCCAUCUGAGGAAAAGGUAGUUUCCAUGUUCGACAGAAUGAGCAAGUUUCAUGAAGAAUUCAUGCAAAAAUACAGAAAUGACAAGGAUAAUCAACACUACUUUAGCAAAUAUAAUUCCGCUUGUUAAUUCCUGGGCUCCAUGCAACCGUUGCAGCCGGUAUACCUUUACUCAUAGUUAAGAAAGUGGAAUGGUUCUGCAACCGUGCACAGCGUUCAAUAGUAUUCCUUUCAUUUUGAACUUGCUAAGUAAUAGAAACUUUUACAUCGCAUUGAUUUAUUCAGUCACUAUUUGUGAGCCAUAAGCAAAGGAUUGUGCAAGUCGGGGAGCUUCCAACAUAAACUGGAGCACCGUUUUUUUUCAUCUUUGAUAUUUACCGCCUUUCAUAACCAGUCUCCUCUACUAAAUAUACUGAAAGGGAUAUUUUUAUUUAUAUUUUUAUAAUUCCAGUUUUUAGCUAUUAAUAGUAGUUUAAUUGGCUAUUGUUCGUGACGAGAAAUUGCACUUUGGGUGAGGUUAAUCUUUGGUCAAACAAGCAAAUCAAUGUAGUGAGUUUCGCAAUGCCCAAAUAGACCUUUUUACCGAUACGGCGGCCAUAUUGAAUUAAUUCGAUUUAAGGAGUAUUAUAGGAUGCCCAGGGAAGAUUAUCACGUUUCGUUUGUAUUUUCGAGAGCUUUUCGGGACAUUUUUGUUAAAUUUUUCUUAGAAUAAGAUUCUAAUGGGAAAAAAGAUCCUUGUGCCGGGUUUGGAUGUAAUAAUGAUCGCCUUUUUCUAGUUUAGUAUUAGAAAUAUGGGCUUUCACUGUAUAUCUCUGGGGAAAAAAGCGAUCAUUAUUACAUCAAAACACGGCAGAAGGAUUUUUUUUCCCAUUACAAUCUUGUUUUAAGAAAACUUUAAGAAAAAAAUGUCCCAAAAAGCGCUCGAAAAUACAAACGAAAUGUGCUCGUGCCCCUGGGCAUCCUAUAAUACUCCUUAAAUCGAAUUAAUUCAAUAUGGCCGCCGUAUCGGUAAAAAGGUCUAUUGCCAUAGGACCAAUCGCCAAAGUAACCUCCAUUGAAUAAGACUUAUUUAUAUCAUUCUUGUUUUUAGUCAUUUGCGGGAAAAUUCUCGGGUUGGGUUAUUACAGUACAGGACGACGAACUGU